UGCGAUUGUGGCUUAUCUUGGUAAAAAAAUACAACGAUAGCGCGUCUUUAUCUGAUUAUUUUCAUUAAAAAUAAUAAAUUUAUAUGAUGCUGUAGAUAUUAUACUAUUGGUGACGUUACUAAUUAAACAAGAUGUCUAGUAAAUAUCAAGAUACACAUAUUUUGGCUCAAAACCAGCUAGUACAUUGGAUAAAUGAAGCUGGUAUGGCAGAGGGCAAGAAAAAGGCGGAUCUUUUUAGGAAAAUAUCAGAAGUUCUACUGCAUCAUGCUCCUCAAAUGAUACCCGUGUACAUGGAAAACAUUCUUAGCUAUGCUAGUGAUAAGUCCACUGAAGUCAAAAAGCAAGUUGUAUCAUUUAUAGAGGAACUCAGUAAACAACAACCAGACCAACUUCCAAAGAUAAUAGCUCAGUUGCAGUUGCUCUUGGUUGACUCCGUGAUAGCUGUGCAAAAGCGAGCCAUACAAGCAGCCAGUAUUGUCUACCGCAAUGCACUUGCAUGGAUUUGCAAGGGUGCCAGCAACAAAGAUGUGUCCGACUUGAAAUAUGUUUGGGAGCAUCUUUCCCAGUUAACGUGUUUAGUUCUUAACAUGAUAGACAGUGACAAUGAAGGUAUAAGGACACACACAAUAAAAUUCCUAGAGGAGGUUGUGUUACUGCAGAGUUCAGGAGAUACCAAGGAUGAUGAAUUGAGUCUAGACAGCAUGCCCACUAAUCUGCCUUUUGUAAAUAGACGGGAGCUUGAAGAAGAAUCUGAGCACAUUUUUAAAUUAUUGGUGAAAUUCCACAACUCACAACAUAUUUCUAGCGUGAACUUGAUGGCUUGUAUGACGUCACUAUGUCUCAUCGCCAAACUACGAUCCAAAUAUAUGCCUCGGGUCAUACAAGCAUUAGGCGACUUACAUACAACAUUACCACCGACCCUCUCCCAAUCACAAGUCAAUUCAGUAAGGAAACAUUUGAAGAUGUUAUUAAUCACUCUAAUCAAACAUCCUUCAUCUAUAGAUGUGAUGCCACAGCUCACUCAACUACUUUUUGAUAUAGGCAUGACAGCACAAGAAAUAAAUAAAGUGUUACCUAAAGAAAGAAGGAAUAAGCGCUUGGGUGAAAUAAAGAAUGGUGACCCACCAACCAAAAGAUUUAGAGUUGACUCUCCCCAAAGUAAUAGCCAGGGAAGUGAUAGUAACAGCAGGAGUGAUUUCAAUUUGUAUGAAGAUGACAGCAGUCAGGGUGUGCCGACUAAACAAUCGGUUACUGAAGAUUCCAUUUUCGAUGGUCUCAAUAGUGUACAAAAUGUUGUCAAUUUAGUGACUAAUACAUUACUAAAAUGCCUUCCUAGUGAAAUCCCAAAUCAUUUCGUGGCUGCUUACAAACCAAUACCUAAUUCUGGUACUACAACUCAGAAGAGAAGUCUGGCAAAGCUCAUACUUGCUUUAAUCAAAGACGAAGCUAUAUCUCCGGUCCCGCCCCCACCAGAGCCUGUUCAAACCAACAUCGGCUCAGGAUCAAUGCUGUCUGAUAUAGCAGCUAAAAUACCUUUGCUCAAGGAUGAUGAAGAAAAAGUUACAUUGAAAAAUGCUGUAGCCAAAUUACAAGAGUCUACAAAGGCGGACCGUGAAAUAGAAAGUGCUGUUUCUAAACUUAUGGAGGAGACAAGACAAGAACAUUUGAAAGAAGAGGAGAGAAGAACGAAGGAUAAGGAGAAGCAUAUUCCCCCUCCUACUCCUACAGUGCCUAAACUGAAACAAAAAGUUAAAUUACUGAAAUUGCAAGAACUUACUCGGCCUAUACCUAAAGAAAUUAAGGAGAAGUUGAUGUUACAAGCGGUCACAAGGAUAUUAAAUGCCGAGAAAGAAAGUGCAAUCGGAGGAGCGGCGCAGAUUCGCUCCAAAUUUAUCACUAUUUUCGCAUCAAGUUACUCGCCAGAAGUAAGGGACUUAGUACAGGAUUAUAUUUUAGAGGACCCAGUGAACAGGAUUGACCUCGCAUUGUCGUGGUUGUAUGAAGAGUAUGCGUUUAUGCAAGGGUUCAACCGACACCCUGUGACGUUGAAUCCUAAAUUACAUGAAAAACACGAUCAAAAUUACAAUCAAUUGCUUUGUGUUUUGAUUACGCAAAUAUCGGAGCGUUUAGAUCCAUCUGUCGAGAAUGCUCGUGAUAUGUUGCUAAGGAAGAUUUAUUCAGAGGCGCCGUACAUUUCAGACGAAGCCAUAGAUUACUUGAAGCACCUGGUCGCGGAGGAGAAGGUUGCUUUGUUAUCGUUGGAGAUACUCGAAGAGCUGUGCAUCAUGAGGCCUCCGAGAGCUCACAAAUAUGUUCCGUCGCUUAUAUGUCAUGUUUUGUCAGAAAACGAAGAGAUUCGCGAGACGGCAUUGAACUCCGCAGUGAAAAUCUACAUGCGCGGUACAGACGCGGUAAAGAAAGUCAUAGACAAGCAUGCGAUGCUGUACUUAGGUUUCGUAGCUCUGUCUUACCCUCCCUCGGAGUUGGUGGCGUCACGCCACGGCAUACGGCCGUCCUGGACCGACGAGCUGUACAAGUUGUGUCUCAAUCUCAUCAUGGCGCUGUUUCCGCAUAAUGAAGAAGUGAUAGUGGAGGUGGCCCGCGUGUACGGGUGCGCGGGGCCGGAGGCGCGGCGCGCGGUGCUGCGCGCGGUGGAGGGCGCGGUGCGGGCGGCCGGGGGCGCUGGGGGCGCUGCCGGGGGCGCUGGGGGCGCUGCCGGGGGCGCGGGGGGCGCGCUGCGGCCCGCCUACCGGCUGCUGGCCGACGCCUGCCCGCGCGGGGCGGAGCCGCUGCUCACCCGGCUCAUACACAUCGCCACUGAGAGAGCGCCCCCUAGCGCGGAGUUGGUGUCGAUGGUUCGCGAGUUAUACGCCACUCGAGUGGCGGACGUGCGGUUCCUUAUUCCUGUCCUCAACGGGCUCUCCAAGAAAGAAAUUCUUGCGGCGUUGCCGAAACUGAUAAAGUUGAACCCAGUUGUCGUGAAAGAGGUGUUCAACAAACUGCUCGGUCUACAGAAUCCACAAGAUGAUCCACCAAUCACCCCGGCGGAGUUACUCAUAGAAUUGCACCUGAUAGACCCGGGCAUGGCGGACCUCAAGUACAUCAUCAAGGCGACUGCUUUAUGCUUCGCGGAGAAACACAUAUACACACAAGACGUGCUGAGCGUCGUGCUGCAGCGGCUGACGGAGGAGCCCGAAAUUCCCGUGCUGAUGAUGCGGAGCGUGCUGCAGGCGCUCACGCUGCAUCCGGCGCUGGGGCCGCUGGUGCUCAACAUACUGCGGCUGCUGGUUGAGAAGGAGGUGUGGAGCAACAAGGUGGCGUGGGAGGGAUGGAUCAAGUGCUGCGAGCGGCUGCUGCCGGCGUCGCGCGGCGCCGUGCGCGCGCUGCCCGCCGCCGCGCGCGCCGGCGUCGGCGGCGCGCUGCUGCGCGCGGUGCAGGAUCCCCAGUACGUGGCGCCCCCGAACCCCAACGAGCCUUUACCCCCGGGCAUGGAUUGACAACCAAGUGUCAUUAAUACUACAGAUAUAAAACAGACAUUUAAUAGAUUUAUUAGUAUGCUAAAAUGAGAACCUGCAGUUAAAUUAAAAUGGUUUUUGUAUUAAAUGUUUGCCUUUCUUCUUUCCGAAUCGAAAUAGCAGAUAAAUUAUAAAAAUAACUGAUGUAUACAACUCAUUUCACACUUUUUUAUCCUAAGUUCAAAUGUUAUUCCAUUAUGAAAUUAACUAUUUAUUUGUAUCGUAGUGUAAAUUGCAUCUAAACAAACAGACAUUGUAAAUCAUUAUAUUUUUUAUUUCCAAAAAAAAGGAUAAGUGUGAAAUGUAAUUUAAUAUGUUGCCACAAAUACAGGAUCAUUAAAAAUAAAUAAAUUGACAAAAUUGUCAGGCUGGUGUCUAUUGUCUAAUAAUUUUAAGUAGCACUCCCAAUGAAAAAUGUUAAUAAAUAAAAUUUACAAAACA